AUGAAUCAACAACAAUCGACACCUUACGUUCUUAUCAUAGAAACACAGAAAGCUAAAAAGAAGAAGAUCUUUGAUGAUCUUGGAACAAUCGGAGGCAACUCAUAUCCGGUGGUUCCAGUUGAUCUCAUUCAAGAGAUAUUCAAAGGACUGCCUAUCAAAGUCCUAGCAAGGUUCCUUUGCGUAUCGAAAGAAUGUGCAUCUAUCAUUCGCAACCGAGAUUUCGUGAAAUCGUAUUUGAUGAAAUCCUCGAAUCGUCCGCAAAGUCUCAUCUUCACAUUUGAAGACAAGUGUUCCGGGAAGUAUUUUUUCUUCUCAUUGCUUCAGCCCCAAGAUCGAGGUGAACCAUCAUCAUCUUCCGUAGCGGUUUACCAUAUGAAAUGCCAUUCUCGACCGUACAAAACUUUUGUUCCUUCUGUUCACGGUUUGAUUUGUUAUGGACCUCCGUCUAAACUCAUGGUAUACAAUCCUUGCAUUAGACGAUCCAUUACUCUGCCCAAGAUUGAUUCUCUGAGGAUAGAUAUGUACCACUUCUUAGGUUAUGAUCCCAUCGAUGGUGUUUACAAAGUUUUGUGUAUGAUUGAAGGAAACCCUAUUGGUGGGAAAUUUGGUUUAGCUCAGGAGCUUCGGGUUUUGACACUGGGAAAAGAGAAUUCCUGGAGGUUGGUUGAAGAUUUUCCUCAACACUUUCUUGAUUCUCUUGAUGCUCCUGAUAUAUGUAUCAAUGGUGUUUCGUAUUAUAAGGUCUUGCUCGACACACAAGGUAAGAAUAAAGCAUUCAUGAGUUUUGAUGUCAGAUCGGAAAAAUUUGAUCUUAUCAAACGACCAGAGUUACCUGAAAGGUCUUUCUUGCCUCUAAAGCUUACAAGCUACGAGGGGAAGCUUGCACUCUUGUCCUCUUAUUCUCCUGAUUAUAGAAUUGAGUUGUGGGUUUUAGAGGAUGCCGCAAAACAUGAAUGGUCGAAGAAGUCUUAUUUUUUGCCUACAAUAAAUGGCGAGCUUCGCUAUGGUUUUUAUCCCUUUUGUGUUGUUGAUGAAGGUGAGCUUGUUUUGGCACCGCUAGGUGUGCGUACAGACCCAUUUUAUGUUCUAUAUUAUGAUCCAAAGAAAAAUUGUGUGAGAAGAGUAUACAUAGAAGGAAUCACAGAACUGAAUGAAAAUACAUAUCAUAGCAUAAUCUCUGUCUUCCCUGGUCAAGUUGAUAAUCUCAUGUGUCUCUAAAGACUGCUCGCUCUUAUCUCCAUUGAAAUGUUUCUCCUUCAGCUGUAGUUGUGUUCCAUCUAGUUACUUGGGAGGUUUGAUCUUUUGUCUUUUUUUUUGAGAGAGUUUGUUUGUAUUCAUACUCUCAGCUUUGUCAUGGUUUUGCUUAGUCUCUCUCUAUUUUGAACUUGUGUUUUGUUGUCUCAUCUUCUUUAAUUUUGUAAUUUUCCUUUUCAU